CACGGCUGCGGAGGGAGUCUGAGCAAAGGAUGCUGACAGGAUGCAACUUCUCCUCUAUUUUCCGCCUCAUCCCUCCAUCCUACCCGGCGAUGCGCUGUGCGUUAUUACGUCAAGCCGUUUCACGAGUGCAUUACGUGAGACUGGCAGAGCAGCACAGCAGCCUGGAUCCUCGUUAUGUAACGUAUCGGGUGCUGCACGGCGGAGAGAAGCGGUGGGGGGGGGGGAGAAUGACGUAUGGCUGAUUUAUUGACAAAUAACGGUGCGUUGGCUUGACUGAACGUAGGCUACAAACGUCUGCUGUCGGCAAGAUCAGUGAUAACUGGAAAUCGCUGGAGUGGAGAGUGAGCGAGCCGUCAGUGGCCUAUCCCCGAGGCGCACACACGUCUCUACGGCCUUUUUUCUUUUUUUUUUCUUUCAGGUGAGCCGUUUCUGUAUCCGUUUAAAAUCGUCUCCCUUAUCAGUUGAAAUAAAUCAAUGCCUGUUUGUUUUAGAAGAGAAACAGAUUCAUAUUUUGUUCUCCAUCGCACCGGGUUAGUCCAACAGCCACUGCGCUGUACAGACAAUGGCGGGUCCCGAGCAGUCCCACCAGCAGCAGCAGCAGCAGGUAGAGGAGAAGGCAGAGUACAUAGAUGAUGCUGAGAUGGCCCUGCAAGGUAUUAAUAUGCUGCUUAACAACGGCUUCAAAGAGAGCGACGAGCUUUUCAGGAGAUACAGGACCCAGAGUCCACUGAUGAGCUUUGGGGCCAGUUUCGUUAGUUUCCUGAACGCCAUGAUGACAUUUGAGGAGGAGAAGAUGCAGACAGCCUGUGACGACCUAAGGACCACUGAGAAACUGUGCGAGAGUGACAGCUCCGGAGUCAUAGAGACAAUCAGAAACAAGAUUAAAAAAAGUAUGGACACACAGAGGUCAGGAAUUGUGGUAAUGGACCGCCUACAGAGACAGAUUAUCGUUGCUGACUGUCAGGUAUACCUUGCCGUGCUCUCCUUUGUCAAGCAGGAACUUUCAGCUUACAUCAAAGGAGGCUGGAUUCUACGUAAGGCGUGGAAGAUGUACAAUAAGUGUCAUAGUGACAUCAGCCAGCUGAAGGAGGCCUGUCAGCAGGGGCCCUCAGUCCACCAGGAGUCCCUCUCGACGGACAACACCAACCACAACGUGGUAGUGGAGAACUGUGUGACGGCUGAGGCCCUGGACCGACUCAAAGGCUCUGUCAGCUUCGGCUAUGGCCUCUUCCACCUGUGCAUCUCCAUGGUACCUCCACACCUGCUCAAGAUUAUCAACUUGCUGGGUUUCCCUGGUGACCGUCUCCAGGGCCUGUCCUCCCUUAUGUAUGCUAGUGAAAGCAAGGACAUGAAGGCACCACUCGCUACGUUGGCCCUAUUGUGGUACCACACAGUAGUGCUGCCUUUCUUUGCCCUGGAUGGCUCUGAUACACAUGAGGGGCUGUUGGAAGCCAAAGCUAUUCUGCAGAGAAAGUCUGUGGUUUACCCCAACUCAUCCCUCUUCAUGUUCUUUAGAGGACGAGUUCACAGGCUAGAGUGCCAUAUCAACAGUGCUUUGGCCUGUUUCCAUGAUGCAUUAGAGCUUGCAUCAGAUCAAAGAGAGAUCCAGCAUGUGUGUCUCUAUGAGAUUGGUUGGUGUAGCAUGAUAGAGAUGAACUUUGAAGAUGCAUACAGGUCAUUUGAAAGGCUGAAGAAUGAGUCACGAUGGUCGCAGUGCUACUACGCUUACUUGACCGGAGUGUGUCAGGGUGCUUCGGGUGACCGGGAUGGAGCAAGCGGAGUUUUAAAAGAUGUGCAGAAGCUGUUUAAAAGAAAAAACAACCAAAUAGAGCAGUUUGCUGUCAAAAGGGCUGAGCGAUUGAGAAAGAUCUCCCCCACCAGAGAGCUAUGCAUCCUCGGUGUAAUUGAAGUGCUCUAUCUGUGGAAAGCGCUUCCUAACUGCUCCUCAUCUAACCUGCAGAUAAUGAAUCAGGUGUUACAGAGUUUAGAUUUGGCUUCAUUCAGAGGCCUGAAACACCUUCUUCUUGGUGCCAUUCACAAAUGUCAUGGAAAUAUGAGGGAUGCUGUUCAGUCAUUCCAGCUGGCUGCUAGAGAUGAGUAUGGACGACAGAUCAACUCAUAUGUUCAGCCGUAUGCCGUCUAUGAGCUUGGAUGUAUACUCCUUGCAAAACAGGAGACUCUGGCAAGGGGAAGAUCAUUGCUACUUCAAGCCAAGGAGGAUUUCACAGGCUACGACUUUGAGAACAGGCUUCAUGUCCGCAUCCAUUCAGCUCUGGCUUCUUUGAAGGAAGUAGUACCUCAGUGACUGCAGGAAGGGAAGCUACAAUGGCUCAAGCUAUGCUCAUGGCAAGUUUAAAGCCAUUCAAAAUACCUGUAUGACACCCCUGUGAACGUACUCAUGUAUUUAUCAUUCUUAAAGGAUUUAGAGAAAUACACUUGUUUGUCAUUUUACCCAGUCAGAUUGAUAUAAAGUAUCAUCACUGUGCAUUUAGUAGUUAUAUAUACGUUUGUACAUGUACGGGGAUGUGUUCAUACUAGCUUAGCACAAAGUAGAGCGAAAUGGCUACCCAACCUAUGGCUAGCGAGUUAAAAACCAUAGCUAAACCUUCAACGCUAUCAUACCAAUAUAGACUUCUUCUUCGCCAGCAAGCUGGUUACAAAAACGUCCAUUCUACAGUUUUGUUAUUGCAGUUCACAAAC